AUGGAAUUCCCUAAUGACGGCAGUUCCAUCUUUCACCGAUUCCAAGCCGCCUUCGUCCAUGACGGGCAAGGGCAGCUGCUAUACUGCACCGGGCCGCAGAAAGCCUGCGUGCAGCAGCACUGGGCCUCGUCCAUCAGCCACAGCCUCCCCAGCCAGAAGUUCCAGACGGCAAGAGAAACGACAACGGCACCAAGCGAAAAUGUGUUCGCAAAUCUCGACGGGCCGUUUCAGGGCUCAAAGCUCUAUGAGAUGCAACAGAGCGGUUCACACACGAUGGCGGGCUUCAUCAUCGACGCCGCCGCUACUUCUCAACAAAACGCAGCCAGCGCACAAUUUGAUGACUUUUUCGUUCAACUACUCUUAGACCAAGCCGACUUUGCCAUCCGCGACCAUGAGCGGAUGAAGUGUGGUGCUUCUACAGCCUCUCUAACGGACGCCACAUACGAGAUUGUCAGCCUGUUUGAUAGCUUUCUCAGGUAUCAGGGCAAGGACGACCAGUGGGAAGCGAGCGGCAAGGCGUAUUUCACGGAGCGUGUUCGACACUUCACCUCGCAGCAGGCCAAAAUCGAACUCUGUCUUCCUGCGUUCCCGUGUAAAUCGUCAAAUACCAACAAGGUCCUUGGAAAAGCGCCUGACCGGGGGGAGCAGCUCGCUCUGGAGCGGCUUCACGAGUUUGUAGAGGCUAUUGAGAGGGUGUAUGAGCCGGGUGCCAAGAUGUGGAUUAUCAGUGACGGUCACGUCUUUAGCGAUUGCAUCGGAGUCGACGAUGAAGAUGUCGAUGUGUACGGCGAGCAGUUGAAGGAGAUGAACCGUACAGUCGGCAUGAGCAAAGGCAACACUGACAGAAUCGGCUUCAAGUCGCUCGUUGACCUGUUCGAACUCAACGAGUCAAAGUCACAGCACAAGCUCUCGUCUCUGUCAGAGGAUCUCAACAUCCCCAGCAUAGAGCACCACGUUGAGACGAAGCUGACUCUCGAGGCCGAGCUCUGCAGACGGAUCCUCAUGGCGGCCUGCCAGCCCCAGGAGUCUGCGGUGCGAGCCAAGAUCAAGUCGCAGAACCCGGCUAUCCUGGCUCUGUAUCGCGGGUUCUCGAGGUUCAUGCUGGAGGACCUCGAGCUUCACCCUUUCACUCUGGGCAUGACGCGAAGUCAGAGGAAGAAGUUGUCGCCCAAGGUGGCGUUUGAGAUGAUCAUGAGGAACCAAGCAUACUCUAACCUAGUCGAGUUGCUUCUUCCUAAUCACGUCCGUCUCUCUAUCCAUGCCCACAACAACGCCGGUCCUAAAUUUGGCAUUCAACUCUUUGACCCCGCCGUCGUCCGCGCCGUCGAGGGCCUCUCACCGGACGGGACGCCGAUGACCUCCCGUGACCUGCUGCAUAUCCCGACGCCGUGGCACAACUGUGUCGUCGAGGUGGAGGGCAGCCCCUAUCUCCUCGUGACCAAGGCCAGUGUCCCGCGCCAGGCAGUCAGCUUGGGCGCCGUGACCGGUGAAGUCUCUACCAAGAAUGCGCCCUGCUUCGUCCUCCGGCCGAAGAAAAGUGGCCCUGCAGCUUCUAAGGGGAGUAACGAGGAAAAAAAAGAAAUGGAACAGGAAGAAGUCGUCGUGGCGCCUGUUGCACAGAAACCUGUCGUGACCCCUGCACCGGUCCCAACUCAGAGGCCAAGGGUUGCUGCAAAGGGAAAGGGGCGAUUCGACUGGGUUCGGAGGCUGGCUGCGUUCCCAGUCAUCGGCUGGCUGGGCAUGAUUUUCUAUCACCGCUUUGUGGAGACGUUUGUUUGA